GUCUUAGGACUUUGAAUAAUAUUUCCUUAUUCUGAUCAAGUCGGUCCCGGAACUAGCUGUCAUCCUGAGACGAGAUUUUAUCUCAUAGUCGUAACAUCAAAGACUAUUACGAAAUGAGUGGAAUAUUCAACAUUUUCGGCACUUUCUGUCAACUGGCUGCCUCAGCUGCAAAUACAAUCUUAUUCGGGCCCUUGGACGAUGAGGCAUCUGCUGAAGAGGAUGAAAGCCAGGAAGCGUCCACCGAUGAUGCGGAUGAGAUGUCCGACGAGCCGAUCAAUAUCAGCUCGAGUCUUAAUAAGGAAAGGGAAGUUCACUGCGUCUGUGAGGAAGUUAAUGGCCGUUUACAUAAGCUCUACGAUCUGCCGGAUUACGUUUUUGAUCCUCAAGACGAUAUGCACCAGGCUAUGCGUCGCGAAGAAGCUCGUCAAAAAGCGCAAGCUGGCGACUCCCAGCCCCUAAGCCUGACGCGAAGCAUCCGGCGCACGGUAGAUCAACACUUGCAGUUUGUUUCUGAAGAUCGGUUAUAAAUAGUUCAUUUUCAUUAUUCCUUCACAUAUUCCAAAAUUCACUAUUCGAUUGAUGUUAAUGGUUUGUUUUUUUCCAAAUUUUUAUUUUGAUACCUGACAUGAGAUUGUAAGAGACACAACCAGAAGAUUUCAUUAGCUCGAAAGAGAUAGCAUUAUAAGCAUUUAUAUAAAACGUAUAAAUAUAUCGGUCAGCAGCCUUUCGUUCUGACACUAAAUAUGG